AUGCCUAUGUAUACAUGUUCUGGAGCCCGCCGGCGCCUGGCUCCUCCUCUUCCUCCCUGCUCUUUCCCCAUCCCCAUCCCAUGUGUUCUAACCGCGCGGUGCCGGCUUCACGCGCUCGUGGCGCUGCUUCCCCCUCCUCCGGUUCCGGCCUCGAGAGAUUCGGCGCAGGCGAGGCGGGCGGGCCGUUUUUCCUCCUCGGCUUCGCGGGUGAGGGGAGCGCGAGGGGGAAACGGCCGUUAAAAGGGGCGGGGGCAAAGCGCGCGCGCGCGCAUGCCGUGGCUGGGAAGGGGUCGCGGGGCGCGAGCUUCGAGGCUGCCGCGUGAGGGGGCGGCCAAACUGUCGGGGUCCCCCCCCAGAAAGGAGAGUCGAGGGGGGAAGGUGGUUCGACUGAGCUGAGGAGAAGGGCGAGCGAAGGGGGUCGCCUCUUUCCCUUGGCCAAACCCUCCCCAUAGGCUGCCUCGUCUGUGGGGUCGUCCCUCUCUUUCAAGGGGGCCGCCUCCGUCCUUUGCGUACCACAGAUGCUCAGCGAUGCUGGUUUUUUUGGGGGGGGGAAGGGUGGGCGUUGAAGUCCAGAGACGACCCCCCCCCCAAAAAAAGCUCAGCAGGCGGAUCAGGAGAGCUCCACUUCCCCAAUGCAGCAGAGGUGGCUUUGGCCCGUAUUUAGAUACAGGUCAGGGCUGAAACAUCAUGUUGUGUCAGAUUAUCUAACUGCCCCACAGCUGGUGCUGGUUUUUGGCCAGCAUGGCCUAGAGAGGUUGAAGUGUUGGCUCUAGGAAUGGCAGAGACCCAGGUUCAAAUUCUCGGACCUCCCCCCUCCCAUGAAGGUUUACUUUCUCUGGCAACCUGAUCUGCCUCGCAGGGUUGUUGAGAGGAUAAAAGGUGUGCUUGCUUGGAGGAAAGGAAAAAAAAAAAAGGAGUACACCCCCUUCCUUCUUUUUUCUUGUCGCCCCUCCUGCUUAAAGAAAGGCCUCUGAUCCCAUCCUCAGUUGAAUUCUGUGCCUCAAGAGGUUCCUAUUAAUGAUGUGCAUUCCAGCCAUACCCUAAAUUGGGGUGAUAUUGCUGGUAAUAUUUCAAAACUUAAAUGAAGAUUAUAUUUUUUACCCUUUUAUCUGAUUGAGAUUUUUUUGUUCUCAUCGAUCUUCCCUUUCCCUGGUCUCUUUCCUCCCACCCUCCCCUGUCCCAAUUAAUUCCGCCCCCCUACAUUUCUUGCAAUAUUUGUGUGUGGGGCAAAAACAAUGGAAUGUGCCUGGAGGGGCAUCAAAUGUGUUGGAUAUGACAUGCAUUCCAACUAAAUGUACCAUGGCAGCUUUUCCAAAACUUUAUUUCAUAUGAACAGAUGAAGUAAUGUUUAGACUUCCCGCAUCCCUGUGUUUGCUGCAAUAGACAAACAGAAUUGCUAUGUUGUAAGUUUCAUCAAAUGCAAGUAGGCUGUGGACUGUGUAAGCUGAUACGUUUGUUUAUGACACUUUUACUAUACAGUACUGUCCUUCCAAGGACUCUGGGAUAAUGUAAGUGGUUCAUCUCUUUUCAUUUUAUCCUUGCAAUGGAUUAGUGACCAAUGCAGGAUCACCCAGAGGAGCCAUAUCUCCGUUCUAGUCCAAGAAGCUAACCACUGUGCCACACUGGAACUUUCUUUUCCCACAGGAGUUAGUCUCCUGCAGCAGUUGUCAAGGUAUCUGGCUCUUAAAAGAUUGAACACAUUUAUUAUGGCAUAAGCUGUUGUGGACUAGUGUUGAUUUCAUCAGAUGCAAUGUAGUCAGAAACUUGUGCCAUGAUACAAUUAAUAGUUUUUAAGGUUAUUCAUUCUGUUUGCUCUUGCUUGUGACUUAAGACACAAUUAAUAUGCUGGAUUUUAUGGUGAUGCAAGAGUCCUUUUGGCCCCACCCAGUCACAUUACCACUAUCAUACAUUUAUAUUCUUCUCCCUUAUUCCAUGCUGGUGGACACUGAACUGGCAGCAGUGGAGGAAUUAUGUCUACCAGAAUGCCUCUUCAGAGAUCUUACCGAGGUCAACCCCAAACUCUGCAAACUCAUGCUGUUUGCCAGGGCUUUUAAUCCGUGAAGAUUUUCCUUUUUCGAAAGCACUGCUGGAUGUUCCUGCUAGUUUAUACACUAUUGUUUUAUUAUUUUUGUUUUUAUUCAGAUUCUGAAUUUUAUUUUGUAAGGUGCCUUAAUUUUUAAAUAUAUAUCAAAGGUGGAUUAGAAAUUAAUAGCAUAAAUAAAUGACCAAUGGCUCCCAUCCCUGUCCUGCUUUCCUUUAUGAUUUGUUCUCCUGAUUACGCAGAACAAGACAUAUUUAUGAUUUGCUGUCUCACUGUUCCUUUAAGCAAGGCAUACACUAUAAAUAAGAGUAGUGGAUUUUAUGAGGUUUAAAAUUUUAUAGGUGUCACAUUAACUUUUAAAUGGAGUAAGAAGUUUUGCAUACAGUUGUUCCUGUUAUGCACUGUGAAGAGUCAAUGUAGUUUGUAUCAAAUUUGUCCCUAAAAUUCUGGGAACUUGGAAGUCAAUAUCCUAUUUUUAGAUGGACUGCCGGUUUGCUUUGGCUCUUGCAAGUUAUUCUACUUUUCGCUGGUAGCUACAUUAUUAUAUUUAUAGACUAUCAGUAUGCCUGGUGUGUUGUGGUUUAAUUUUUACUCUGCCUGCCAAAAAAGUACACAAAGCAUACGUAAAACCAAUACAAUACAAAGUAAGUUUCAAAAUAUAUUAAACAUUGUGAAAAUGCAGAAAUACAAUCUAAAAUGGAAACAAAAUGACCAGUGAAACCAUACAACAGUUUAAAGCAAAAAGUGGUUUUAAAAGCAGCAGAAUACACAGUACAAUCAACAUUAUAAGAAAACCUUAUUCAUUACAGAAUACUCAGAUGUAAAUCCUAUUGACUUCAAUGGGGCUUACUGUAUAGGAAGGUGUGUCUAGAAUUGCUCCCUAAGGCAACAAGGGGAUGGAAUUAAAUGUAUAAAUUAAGCCUAGAGUGUAACAACAACAUCCAAAUAGAAAAUAAAGUUUAAAGUAUAAUUGUUCUGUCUUUGUUAGUUUUCCUUGGACAAAGUUCACAGAAAUAAAUUGGUUAAAAGAUCAUAGAAUAGAAUCAUAGAGUUGGAAGAGACCACAAGGGCCAUCGGGUCCAACCCCCUGCCAAGCAGGAAACCAUUGACACAUACCAUUGACAGUCUUGUGCAGGUGGUCUUAGUGCAUUUAUUCUGUAAAAACUUAAAACAUUUUCUGUUUCAUUUUCAACAUAGUUUCCAUGUUUGGAUUUAAAUACAACACCAUUGUUCCAGUAUCUAGACAGAGAUUAUGAUUAUUAUUAUUACUGUGUUGUCAAAUUAAUUUUUCUUUUCUUUUCCAGGUAUUAAAACAAAUGAAGUACAUUCUGGUAACAGGUGGUGUUAUCUCUGGGAUUGGGAAAGGAAUAAUUGCUAGCAGCGUUGGGACAAUCCUCAAAUCAUGUGGCUUGCACGUAACUUCAAUUAAAAUUGACCCAUACAUUAACAUUGAUGCAGGCACCUUUUCUCCUUAUGAGCAUGGUAAGAUGAGAGAAAGAGCAAACUUUUAAACAUUAAGAAUAAAAUAACGCUGAGGAUGUUUUGAGGGAUGGUGGUGUAUAAUUUCACUCUGACUGUUGCAUUGGGGUGAGGGUUUGGAAUUGCCAGUGCUAUAGAUGGAGUUGGUGACAACUUUUUUAGGGUACAAUAUAGAAAUACUGGUUAGUAUUUGUAGGGAAGAAGGUAGUUCAAGCAAGUCUAACGUAUGCAUGUCACUUGGUUUUAGGUGAAGUGUUUGUGUUGGAUGAUGGAGGGGAAGUGGAUUUGGAUCUGGGCAACUAUGAACGCUUUCUUGAUAUCCGACUCACGAAAGACAAUAAUCUGACCACAGGGAAGAUAUAUCAGUAUGUCAUCAACAAAGAAAGGAAGGGAGACUAUCUUGGAAAAACAGUUCAAGGUAGGAUAUUGGAACUGGGUUCACUUGGCUUUAAUAGAGGUCAGCAUAUCAGUGUUUCCAGUAUUAUGGAAGGCCUUGUGCCUUUUGAACCACAGAGGCAGUGCUUGGUUCUUUGUGUACUUCAGCUGAAUGCCGUUCUGAUCUGUAGCUGGCAAAGAUGGGCAUGUUCACAUUUAUCCCUUCUGUCCAUUUGUUCUUGGCUGUCAUGGUGGCAUGCACAGUUGAGAAAAGUAUACAAAUAAUUCUAAAAAUAAGGCAUGACAACACUUGAUAUAUACAUAUAUGUGGACAAUAUAUAAAUCGUUCUGCUGUGGUUUAGCUUGUGAAGUUCAAAUUGAUCGUUUAUGUUGUUUGCUGACCUAAAAUAUCUCUGCCUUGAUUUGUAUUAUUGUCAGUAUUUCUACUGCUUGGAACAGGAGUGGCAAUAUCCUGGGAACAAUGUGUUUGGGACAAGGCUAUGGUAAUUCCUACAUCAUUUGGGUAUUUAUUAGGAAUAUUGGGAGGGGAACUAAAUCAGUAUAUUAAUGAAAAUAUAUAAAAUAUAUCAAAGAAAAAGAUACCAUAUUUACGUGAAUCUAAAGCACCUUCGAAUUUAAUGCACAUCUCAAUUUUUGAAACCAAAGAAGUAUUUGCUGGUGCCAUCAAAUCUAAUGCGCACCCUAAUUUGGCCAAAAAAGGUGUGCAAUAAAUUUGGGUAAAUAUGAGUACAUAGUAGCCCUGGUUCUUAGUAACAAUUUUCCAGUGGCAGGGUCUGCUUAUUUUAAAUAAAUAUAAAAGAAGAGUAGUCCCUGUUGAGAGGGUUCUAAAACUAAGACAUAAGCUGAGUAAUAGGAUUUCAGCCCUAGUCAUGUUAUGUGCAAGUCACAACAAAUAUCUGUUGAUUAAUAGGGCACUGCUCUGUUGGGUAUGGAGCAUGUGAACUCUAAGAUACUGGUUUUAUUAUUGUUUUUAGUUUGAAAAUGGACAAAUAUAUUCCAAACUCUUGUUCUCUUCUUGUCUUGUCUCGUUUUGCAGUUGUACCCACAUUACAGAUGCUAUCCAGGAGUGGGUAAUGAGGCAAGCACGAAUCCCAGUAGAUGACGAUGGCAUAGAACCUCAAGUCUGUGUGAUUGAGGUUGGUAUCCAUGAUCUGUUGCACAGGUUAAAGGCUGAAUGUUGUUGUGUCUUGCUAAACCAUAGUGUAUUGCAGUGCGGGUGAGCUGUAGGAAGGUUGUGCCUGAUGCUUAUUCUCUUUCUCACUUGGCCAUUGUUUUUCAUGCUGGCUUGUUUCAGACAAACCAUAGUUAACAUUAACAGUAUUCUACUAUUUUGGAUGAAACAACAAAGCAAAAGUGUAAGUGAAAAUUUCUGAUCUCUUCCUCCUUGGGGGGGGAGGGUAAAGUGGCAUACGAGCCCAAGAUUUGCUGCAGCUUGUUCUUGUCAUCAGUUUGCAGUAAUCCAUGUAUUUUUUUAGAGUAACAUGCAAAUUUGGCCAAAGAGUCGUAUCUAAUUUUAGUCAUACUUGGAAUAGACUCCUUGAAAUUAACAAACAUGACUAACCUAGCUCUAUUAAAUCCAGUGAGUCUACUCCGAGUAAAACGUAGGCGGAUGCAAUCCAAUAUCUUUUUAGGAAAUGUCAUAUAUAUUGAUACAGUACUCUGGUUAGAAUUCUGAUAGGGGCAUUUGAGAGAGUGUCAGCAAUUCCCUCCCUCCUUUUAGCAAGUUCUGUCUUUGUUCAUCUAAGGAUUUGUUUGCAGUAAAGUAACCUUUCCAAAGAGCAUAAUCUUUCCUGUGUUCUCCAGAUAACAUAUAGCACUAAUUUUCUGGGAAGAUUUUGCUUGCAGUCACAGAAUAUGGAGGAAAUUUAAAAGAAAAAAUAUUGGUUGGGUCAACUGGAAAUGUGAAAGUGCCAAAUAACUAAUUGUUCUGGGUUGAUCUUGCUUGGUUAGCAAACACUUCUAUUUGAAUCCAGGCUGAAUGAGUUGUACUUUAGUUCCAUUCCAAGAACUGGGAUAGGAUAGUUAGUUAUUGCUUAGUACCCAUUGAAAUAAAUGAAAUUGAAGUGGAGGUAAUUUAGUCUGGAUCCAACCUAUGGCUUGCAUCAUCCAGCAUCUUAUUACAUAGCAUACUUUGAGGUGAACUGCCGAUAGUUAUACAGAGUGACAUUGACACUGUCUUUGUGUUCUAAAAACAGAGUAUGGUGCUUAAUUCUAGAUCUCUCUGUUUUAGCUUGGAGGAACUGUAGGAGACAUUGAAAGUAUGCCCUUCAUCGAGGCAUUCCGCCAAUUUCAAUUCAAAGUCAAGCGGGAAAAGUUUUGUAAUAUUCAUGUCAGUCUGGUACCACAGGUAAGGUAUUACUGUUCUUUAAUGAUGUUGCUCCAUCUCAGAUGAUUAGAAGUGUGUCCUUGGAAAUGGGAAAUGAAAUUGGCAUUUUUUUAGCAUUAUGAACACCAGUACUUAAAAAUAAUAAUAUGAAAAAGGCAUAAAGGCAAAAAUAUUAAGUAAAAUAUAGUAAUUCAGGUGAUCUUCCUAUGUUGUACCGUGAGAUACAAACACUAGUUGAUGUUUGUAUCAAAUUGCAUAGAUUAUCUCUGGAGAAGUAACCUGGAUCUACCAGGCACUACGUAAAUUGUCCUGUACAGGUUUACGUGGAAGUACUUCCUAUGUUCAAUGGGUCUUCCCACUCUUACAUGCUUUAUAUUGCAGCUUUGGCACCUCAAGUAUGACUGCUUCACUUGAUAUCAUAACAAUUAGGUUAGCCUAUAUACAGUAUUAAAUCCUUUCAGAAAUGGUAGGAGCUACUGCCACAUAAACAUUUCUUUUUAUGUCAGCUUUUUGUGGCAAGGUUGCUGUCCUAUAGUUGAUUACUCACGUAUUUAAUAUCCAGUAAGAAAUCACUGGCUUCUGAAAUAAUGUAAAUAUAUAUCUUAGUAUAUGGCCAUGACAUCAAUAGCUUCUUCCAUUUGUAUUGUAAUAAAUUUAGUGGAGCCUUACUCGUAUGCAUAGAAAAAAUACCCCAAACUCCUGUGAGUUUUGCUCAUCCAAAUAGAAGCAUUAAAUCAUGUUCCUGAAAGCAUCUGAUAAGGAAUUAAUCAGUAUAGGCACAUUUAAUACUAAAUUGUUCAGCAAGCCUUAUUAUAGCAUGUGAAGCUGUCUUAUAAUGUUGUUCAGAUAAAAUCAAUUUUACAUUAUUCUGGGCCAGUGAAAAAUACUUCAUUUUGCUGUUAUUGCUUGCUGUUUCCUUCAGUGAUUUGUUAGAUUUGCUAAAACUUGGAUGAUGGCUGUAUAUGUUGCUGCAGUACAUAAUACUUUGGAGGCUGUAGAUUUGACACACUGUCUUCUCAUACAUAUUUCUUGAUCCUUGUGUGCUAGCCAAGCUCUACAGGAGAACAGAAGACAAAACCCACCCAGAAUAGUGUUCGUGAACUCCGGGGUCUUGGUCUCUCACCAGAUCUGGUAAGUUUGCUGUGGCAUGUAGAAAUCACACUCGGCUGGUUUUAUAGAAGUUCUCAAAUGUCAUAAGUCAUGGGGUGGAGAGAGUUGUUUUAAAUGAUGCCAUAUCGACAAAUAGCCAUGAAGCAUUUUGUUUGCAGAAGGCUACAAGGCAUAUUUCAUUAACCUACCAAGUGCUAAAGGUUAGGUUUAUAACCUGGUGCAGUAUUGUUUGAUAACUUACUGUUUUCAUUCCUAGAUUGUAUGCAGAUGCUCCACGCCUCUAGAUACCUCAGUAAAAGAGAAGAUUUCCAUGUUCUGUCAUGUAGAACCAGAACAGGUAAAAAUUGUUUAAAUGUAUGUGUUUUGAUACCGUUUGCACAUUUAUUUGUGUACAGUCGUACCUCCGCAUGUGUGUGCAGAAGCGGUCCUUUGGUUGCGAAAACUUCGGGAUAUGGCCAGACUUCCUGUUCGCAACCAGAGGUACCACUGUACUUAAGUCAUAGAUCUGGUCUGUGCAUGUAGCAAAAUCUUCCCUUUGCAAUAUACAGCAUAUAAGGCCCCCAAAAUCCUCCCAGGUACUAGAGCUGUGUAUUAUGCACAUCAAAAAUGUGACAGUGAGUAUUCUUUUAUUGAACAGGUAAUUUGUGUUCAUGAUGUCUCUUCCAUCUAUCGGGUACCUCUUUUGCUAGAGGAGCAAGGGGUGGUUGAUUAUUUCCGACACCGCCUUGACCUUCCCAUUGAAAAGCAGCCUAGGAGAAUGCUCAUGAAAUGGAAGGAGAUGGCUGACAGGUGAGCUCGCUCGUAGGAAGCAACUGUGCUGUUCUGACCUACUAUGUUAGCAGAGGAGUGGCUAGGAGGAGAGCUUGCUUCCUUAGCCCUCUCCAGAGUAUUUUGGCAAGAACAGAUUCUCUUCCUAACUAUUCACUCACAGAAAAACUGUAGAUAAAUCUUUUACAGGUACAGUAAGUUAGAACUUGGCAAAUUUUGCUGUAGACUAGUUCCUGUGUUAACCUUUAUAGUUUUCUCUUAACUGGACUGAAGUAGCUAUAACAUGUGGAUGAGUACUUAGAAUCAUAGAGCUGGAAGGGACACCACGGGUCAUCUAGUCCAACCCCCUGCAAUGCAGGAAUCUCAACAAAAACAUCCAUGACAGAUGCCCAUCCAACCUUUGCUUAAAAACCUCCAGUAAAGGGAAUUAAGGGAAAGAUUUAAACUUAAUUAAGGCUACAAUCCUAUACCACUAAGCUGGGAGUAUGCUCCAUUGAGCCCAAUGGGAUGUUUCUCAGUACACAUGCCUUCAUGUAGAGAAGCCUAAAAAAAACCCCUUAUCCCCAUAUCUUCAUUUUGUAGUGGUAGAAUCAGUUUUACAACCUCUGGGAUCUACCAUCUUAUUAUUUGCAUAUAUAGACCAGGCCUGAGAAUUCUCGUGCUGAAUCAUAUUAUUCAUUCAACAUUUGGCUUUGUAUGCCUGGGCUCUAAACAUAUACAAUAUUGCAUAUGUGCUGCCAAAGCGAGAGGCUGCUUGAUCAUGCAGGUCUGAUCUUUUAACUAAUUAUUUUAGCUAAUAGUAUAUAGUUUGUGCUUUUAAAGGUUAAAGAUAGAAGAUAUAGUGUUGUGCUUUUUUGUUUUGUUCACACAGAUAUGAUCGCUUAUUGGAGACCUGCUCUAUUGCUCUUGUUGGCAAAUACACAAAGUUUUCAGAUUCCUAUGCUUCUGUCAUCAAAGCUUUGGAACAUUCUGCCCUGGCUAUCAAUCACAAGCUUGAGAUCAAGGUAUGCUUUUCCACUAGCCCCAGCAGAAUCGCUGUCUUCUCUGGAUUCAUGUUUAAAGCAAAGGGAAGCAAUAAACAGGAUGUACUUUCCUGUUUUGAGAAUGGUGCUUCAGCAGCAGCCAAGGUGCCAAUAUUUCCAGCCCAAAAAUACUCAUGCACAAAAAUCUACUGUAUUUAGAAAAAAUACAAUCCAUUUAAUGUUACAUUCAAGCAGCACUGAGGAUAACAAAGCUUACUAACCUGCUGCUACUUGCAUAGCCAUUGGACAUAAUUGGUGGUAGAAGCAUCAUGGUGAUGCAGUUUCGAAUCCCCAGCUGGGUACUGUUCCUUUCCAGAGGACAAAAGAUUUUGGGAAGCUUGCCAUAUAAAAUAUAUGGAUGGGGAAACAGGCCAUCCAUUCUUCUCUUGCCCCCCACAAAAGUGGAUAGGAACAUCACUAAGCAGAAUAUAGGUUUUGUUUACUUUAAACAGCAAUUCAGAUCUAGAAACUACAAGGGAAGGGUAGGCAGCCUGGUGCCCUUCAGAAGUGCUGGGCUACAUCUCUCAUCAGCCUCAGUCAGCAUGGACAACGGUGAAGGAUGAUGGGAUUUGAGGUCCAGAAUGUCUGGAGGGAUACGGUUUGCUGCUAUAGGAAUUCAAAACCCUCUUGGAAGAGCUCAUGUAUGUAAUGUGACACCUUGAAACCUCCAUCUUUGGAGCUUCAGAGCAAGCAGAAGACAACAGUUGUCAUGAUGGCAGAAGCCCUCCACCAAAUGGAAGACUCUUAAAGUGUUUCAGCCUAUGUGGAUGUCCUCCUUCACAAACUGUUGGAUUAUCUGAUUGUUUCAGAAAAGAUUGUUUGCAUCCCACCCAUCCUUCUCUCUUGCAUUUCUUACUAUACCCAGAGGCAGUCUCUGCACCUGGAGACUGGGCCUCCAAUUCUAGAGCGCCAAGGAUAUUGGAGAGGGGUGGUAGAGGCCCUUUUGGCUCCAAACAGUAAAAAUUUCUGAACAGAACAAUAAAUUGACCAUCAAAAAUAACAUCUGUUUUACAAUACAAGACCUGUAUUUUUUUAUGGGUGCAAAAACUCUGUGCUUCAAUAAUUGGAACAGUUGUGUCAUACGUAGUUUUGGGGAAACAAAAAGAAAUAUGUGCCGAUCUCUUCAGAUAGUGUUUGAUCUGGUUGUAUAAUAAUAAUACCAUCAGUGAGGGAGGGGAGAAGCUUUUUGCUCCUAUGAGCUAAAAAAGUAGUACCACUGAUUCUGCUUUAAUCUCAUGUUUUUUAAAAAUGGAUUUCUUCCUAGUACAUUGAUUCUGCUGACUUGGAACCAGCUACUCUCCAAGAAGAACCAGUUCGAUACCAUGAGGCCUGGCAGAAACUCUGUAGUGCUGAGUAAGGCAUACAUAACCUUGCUUUCCUCCUUGAGACGCAGUGACUCCUGCUGGCAUCAUUCUAGGCUUCUUUUAUUGUUCCCUGGUUGGCUCAGUAUUCUAGUCUGGCUGGGCCUGUUUAUAUAGAGUUAGAGUGGCCGUUUUCCUUUUCAUCUUAUGAGCCAAGUAGACAGUGGGUAGACUCAUGGAAAUGGAUGGAUGAGGUUAACUUAGGUUCAUUAAUAUCAGUAGGUCUGCUCAGGGCAGAACUUAGUUGCACAAAACCCAACGUGCCACACAUCCUGUUACUCAAUGGCAAGAAAUCAUACUGCCACAAAUAAGAGUCUAGUUAUAUAUUAAUAGCCAGUGGUCUUUCAAUAGCAGUUGACUGCAAUUGUUACAUAGAUCCUGCAUGCUUAGAGGCAAUUUGCCACUGAAUACCAGUUGAUAACUCUGAAGAAUAGCUCAUUUGGUAGAGCAUGAGACUCUUAAUCUCAGGGUUGUGGGUUCGAGACCUAUGUUGGGUCAUAGAGUCCUGCACUGCACAGGGUUGGACUAGAUGAUCCUCGUGGUCCCUUUCAACUCUAUAAUUCUUUGAUGAUGGUGGCAGGAUUCUGGAACAGAGUAUAUUAAUGAGAUUCACCUUUUAGCUGUGAAUGCAUCCUUUCCCCCCAAUAAAUAUUUUUACUGAGUGUCUAUGUAUAAAGAUACAAAACAAAGGCAAUAUAGUACAAUAAAACCACAAAAAGAUAGAGUGGGACAUAAACCAAAUAUAUGUAUACAAUUCUAUCCCAUGUAUACAUGAUCAGAAGUAGUGUAUAUUGCAUUUUAGUCUUGCACUCCAAAUUUCCAAGGAUACUGCAGGCAGCUGUUGAAGGUUUGCACUUCCUUGGAAAGAACGUCUACUUGCAUUUCUGACCCUUGUCAUACAUAGAUUGAUACUGCAGAGCACUUAAAUCAUUCUGAAUAGUCUCUUUUGGAGAUGGGGAGCAAAACAGCCAUGGUGUUCAGCCUUUGAAGCCAGUCCCCUUUUAUAUGCUUCAAUUGCCUGGCUUCAGAAGGAUUACUCUAAUUAAACAACAGCUAUAAAGGCAAACCAUUUGUUUGAGGGGAGCUACACAUUUGGUGGAGACUGUUGUCUGGAAACCUGCAUGUCUGCUAAGUAGCAAAGAGAUUUUGAAGGUCAGACACAGCAGGCAACCCUGCACAAUAUACUUUACUUUAAGCAUGGCUUUCUGCUGCUGCUUUGCAGUUAUUUGGAAAAGAUCCAAGAGUGUUCACUAACUUCUGAAACUCCCGCCCCUUGAGAGUGAUUAAUGAAAUGUGCGAAAGAGAUGGACAAAUUAGUGAAUGUCAUAUGUAGGAAGAAUGGUAGCCAUUAGAAAGUUAGUAUGCUGAAAAAUGGACAUGUUCUACAGAUCGUUGGCAGAUGCAGUGGACAUAUGACCUGAAAGGAAUGUAUUUGUAUAACCUAAUGGUGUAAUUUGCACUCUGUUCUGUUUCUGUGUAGAUGUUUGAAGUUUAAAAUAAUAAUGAAAAGCUUUGUGGAAUGGUUCACCUUCCUGCACUGCAGGGGUUGGACUAGAUGGCCCUUCAUGUCCCUUCCAACUCUACAAUUCUAUGAUUCUAUGAAAGUGUAACAGACUUUCAAGUGUCACUGAAUGGAUUUCUCCCCCCUUUUAUGCAGUGGAAUCUUGGUUCCAGGAGGGUUUGGUGUUCGAGGAACGGAAGGGAAGAUCCAAGCUAUUUCUUGGGCAAGAAAACAGAAAAAACCCUUCUUAGGUGAGAGAUGAUUUUUUUAUUAUUAUUACACACCAGGUAGAGGUUUUAACUAUUAAGCAAUAAUCCACUCUAAUACCUUAGGAUCAGGUACUUGAGUUGCUGUGCAGCCUGUCAAAUGUAAGAGGCAACUGGCAAGGAGGAGUUUCGGGUUUACACUGAUCAAUAUCUGUUUUCUUCAUAACUUUGAGCUUGCUUGGGGGUCAUACAAGCAGAGAUCCGCAUCCCCUGUACACCCCACCCCAAUCAUUGUAACCUUUUUGUCAUUGUGCUUAUGUGGCCCCUGAUGCAAAUAGUGGCUGCUAUGAGAGAGUUAUUGGGGAUUUGGAUAGAGCGCUGUGCUGUCUUUUUCUGCAGGAGUCUGCUUGGGAAUGCAGCUAGCAGUUGUGGAAUUCGCCCGCAAUAUCCUGGGUUGGAAAGGUAAAUGCAGUGAUGUAAAAAUACUUCAUUGGGGAUGGAUUUAUGGGUGCCAAUACUUAAGAUUGCUAAUGACUGGUGUUUCUAGUGGAUUGGUAUAAAUUACUACCUGUCUUAAAGGGGAACAGCACCCAUUUUUCUUCACUCUGUCCUUGUAACUGUUUUCUAAGCCACAGACAUCUUUUAUGCUAACUGUUGUAUUCCUCCAAUUCAAUUGAACUGAUUGGAAUAGGAGGCAGUAUUUCCAGUGCAUUCACUACUGACCUUAGAGUUUCACAGGAUAAUAGUUAAGAUCUGUAUAGCAUGAGAGUGCUUCAGGGACAUAUUGUCUCUGUAAUCCCUGAAUCAAGUCUGCAGGAUGGGUCACAGGUAUUCAUGAUAGCAUGACCAGUACAGCCCAGCUCACAUCAUGAGCACCCUGAAAAGUAUUCUUUAGCUGCUUGUUAUGUUAGUAUUUCUGAGUUUUGUGCCUACAGGCUCCUUUUUGAAAAAAGAAGCCUUAUAUGGUAUGGGAUGUGAGUAGUUAAUGGUUGGUCUGUGAACCAUAAGCCCAUAGCUAAAUUAUGCUUUGGUCAUGAUCUCAAACCCUCACUUGCAGCCCUGCAGUUUGGGGUUAAUGCUGACCUAUCCUGCAGACCUAUUGACUGAUGGAAAAUUAGGGUUUGCACUGCUAGCCAUAUCUGAUCAACGUUUGUAAUUGGCAGAUGCCAACUCUACAGAAUUUGACCCCAAAACUACACAUCCAGUGGUAAGUAUGAUGUAAUUUUUGAGCCUACGGUGGUUGUACUUCUUGCACGCCAAGACCAUUCAGCAUUUUCCCAUAGAGAACCAAAAAUAUGAAAUACGUUGGCUGGCUUGCACAGAAAUUAAUGGCAAGAAUAAACGGUUGGGGUGUGAAACAUACUCCCCUUAUGGUCUUAUGGAAUGCAACCACAAAUUGAUGAAUGGAGCAUUGUGGCUAUGGUGCCUAUCUCUGUUGCAUUGUAUAAGUCAAAACUUUCAAGGUUGUCUUCAAUUGAGUUUUACUCAGAGUUGAAUCAUUGAAAUUAAUGGUCCUAAUGUAACCAUAAUCAUUAACUUUAGUAGGUCUACUCUGGGUAUGACAAGUUUUGGCCCAUAUGCCUGGAGAGAAAGCAAGACCUCUCUAUCCAUGUGGGACAUAAUGUUCAAAUAUGUUAUAAUAUGGCAUGUCAAAUUUGAUGCAUAUAGGCCCAGGAUGUAGGAUCAUUUAGUUAACACCAUAUUUCUGCUUUUAUAUUGUUUUAUUGAUUUUAUUGAUUUUUUUAAAAUUUAUGGACAUUUAUAGCCCACCUUUCCUUCAAGGAGCUCAAGGCGGCGUACAGGGUUUUCUCUCUCCGUGUUUUAUCCUCACAACAGCCUUGUGAGGAAGCUUAGGCUGAGAGACAGUGACUCGCCCAUGGUCCCCUUGAGCCUAUGUGUCUGUUGCCUCUCUCUUCUCCCUCCUCACCCCCAGCCAACCUACAGAACUGAAUGACUAUCUGUUUUGUAUGGAAAGUCCAGGCCGUUCCACUACAGAACUCCAUGACUCCUCUCUAAAGUAAUCUCUUGGCUUGAUUGAAAUGUGAUGAAACCAGUUUUCUACUUGUAGAACACAAAUGAUUAAGAUUGAUAUUUAUGGCCUUUUGUUUAUGCCAAGAGCUACCCUUUGGUGUAUGCUUAUCUUCUAAUUCCUUUUCAAUCCCAUUGUCCUCUUUUGAAUUACUUUCCUCAGAUCGUAGACAUGCCGGAGCAUAAUCCUGGUCAAAUGGGUGGGACCAUGAGGCUUGGGAAGAGGAAGACAGUUUUUCACACCAAGAACUCAGUCAUGAGUAUGGCUCUUCUUAGACCUAUGUUAUCUCUCCUCCUUUGUAUUCCACUUUCCUUUUGCUUGUUGGUGAACAGUGAUGGUACAAAUACAUGAUCUAUUGUGUUAAGUACUGGAAGAUUUUGUGCUAAACGGCUCCCACUCCUGUUGUUGUUUUAAUUGAUCAGUCUCCUUCCACGUAUGUCCCUUGGCAAUGCACACAACAUAUAAUAAAAGCAGUUUCAAAACGGCACAAAAAAAUAACAUAUGAAUUUAAAAGCAAUACAAAAUGGAUAAAUAUAGCAGAGAUGUGUUGAUCCAGCUGGAAAGUUUCUUGGAACAAACUUUUCAGGAACAGAGACUUUUUCUCUCAUUUCAUAUCAAAACUUUGUGGUGGUACAGGGACUUUUAAUGGUAGCAAGUUUAGUGUAGACAAGAAAUACUACUUCAUGCAAUGCAUAUAUAAAUUAUGGAAUUCACUGCUAGAUGAUGUGAUGGCCAGUAGUUUUGAUUUUAAAGGGGAUUAGACAGCUCAGUCUGUGGCUGCUGACCAUGAUGGUUAAAUAGAACCAGGUCCAGAGAUGAUAUGACAGUUGCUGGGGAGCGACAGGGGGAGACAAUUGCCUUGAUGUCAUUAUUGAAGUUCUUGGAGGCAUCUGGUUGGCCACUGGGAUGUAGCACGUUGGUCUAGAUCGGGGAUGCCCAAACGUUUUUCAAAGAGGGCCAGAUUUGAUGAAGUGAACAUGCGUGAGGGCCGACCUGAACUUGUUGAGCUUUUGUUAGGAUUUGACCCCAAUAAAUAUACUGUAACAGGGGCUGGAUAAAAAUGGCUGGGGGGCCAAUCAGGUCCCUAAAACAGACUUUGGACAUGCCUAGGCUGGUCCAGCAAGUCUCUUCUUUAUCUUCUUUGGUGGUCCAGUAGAAUUCUUAAAUUUAUUCUUUGGAGGCGAAGGUGUGGUGUUAAUGUGUUUAGCCAGUCUGCAAUAAGCACAGCCAUAUUUUCUCCAUGGAUAGGAAAACUGUAUGGAGACGGUGACUAUUUGGAAGAGAGGCACAGACACAGAUACGAGGUAUGCAGCAAUAUUUAUCAACCCCCGCCACCACAUUGGCUUUUCUGAAGAGAAGUGAUUGUAUGACACCACUUUCCCUCCCAUAGGUAAACCCAGAGUUGAAAAACACCUUUGAAGAAAACGGUCUGAAAUUUGUGGGCCAGGAUGUCGAAGGAGAGCGAAUGGAGGUGGUUGAACUGGAAGGUGAGCAACUUGAAUUAGUAGCUGGGAGACUGACACUGUUGUCUUAGGCGACAACAAAUAUGGAAAGAGGAACUCUUCCUUCCUUGGAUGGGGAGAAUGAAUGUCAAGUACCACAAUAGUUAGUAGAUACAGCAGAGAGACAGGAUGAUGGUACUCAGAAAAGCUUUAUAUUGCCUAUGUACUUUGGCCUGGCCUUGCCAAUUGAGAGGGCUUCAGGUAGUAACCUAACAAAGCAUGUUACCACCUUCUCUCCUAGAGCAUCCAUUUUUUGUCGGUGUUCAGUUUCAUCCAGAGUUCCUCUCCAGACCUAUAAAGCCAUCUCCUCCUUACUUUGGCCUCCUCCUGGCUUCUGCAGGAAGGCUCACACAUUAUCUACAGAAAGGAUGCAGACUCUCCCCCAGGUAAGUUCAGCUGAGUGUCUUGGCUUGUGGUAUAACUGCCGGCUUGGCAGUGUUUUCUGUUCAGCAUGGUGCACCAAUGAAAGGCUGUCUCCUAUUUCUGUUAGGCAUAAAAACCUUAAGGCUGUAUUGUAUCCUCCUUCCUUGAACUUGGGCCUACAAUAUCAGUAAUGCCUUUGUAGAAUGAAAGUGUAGGGAAUUCUGCUUCUACUGUGGCUCAUUAGUCUCUGGCUUAAUCUCCCUCCUUAGGAAAAUUGGUCUGCUUUUAUCUUUUGUUGCAGCUGACAUCAGUAUACUGUUUGUUAAGUACUGGAGAAAACUGUUGACACAUAUUUUGGGUAUCAGUGUCCUAAAUGCUCUUUGUCAUGAUUAAAGCCAGUCUUCUGUUAUCAUUCCACUUACAAAGAAAUUGCUACCAAACAAUCUCUCCCCCCUUUCCCUCCCAGUGUAGUCUGGCACUAUAGUACUGCCUGCCAAAGGCUUGUGGAGUUUUGCCAGACUCAGAAUGACUCUUCACAAAAUUGCACUCUCUAGGAGCGUUGUCUCGGAGAAGCUGCAAGGGGAUGUGCACAAGGCUUACAUUUUCUGAUCAACAUAGCGAAGAGGGAAGUCCGUUCAUCUCCCCUGCAUUUUGGUGUGUGUUCUAGAGAUGUGGCAGUCUCCUGUAUAUUUCCUCUGGCAAAAUGCAUGCUUCCCCCCCACCCUUUGUACGCCGCACAUGGUAUCCUUUAUUGCUAGUCUGCCCAGCACUUGAAGUUGCCCCUAGAAUAAAAGGCUGCAAGAAUCCUUAAUGCCACCUGGUCAGUGCCUGCCCUCUGCACUAAGAAGGCCCAUGCCUUUUUAACCAAUUGGGCUAUUUUAAAGAACAAUACAAGCCACAAAUUGGAUGUAUGAGAAUCCUCAAAGGCUGGAAAGCAGGCCUGGUGUCAGCACCCGAUAUCCUAGAGCAACUGUUGGGACUCUGGUGGCCCAGCAAGGCCCACCAGCACUGAUGUCUCUGCCCCCGCCUUCCACCCCCCGUUCGGUGAUGGGGGUCCGAAAGCCAUAUUUAUUUCAUUCUGUACCCUAGAGUGACACUAGGUCAGAUGCUGUGGGGCACUGUGAGAAAUUAAAAUGUUGCUGUUGUCACUGCCAGAUUUGCUGAGGACAGGCUAGGCUACUUUGUGGAAGUCUGUCAUAGGCUGUAGUUUCUGACUGGCUAGGUCAUUUAGAUGAGCUUGCAUUUGUAACUAAUGAGCCAGAGCCAGUGUGUAGAAGUGCUUAUCUUUCUAAUGGUCUGAAUGUUACAGGGAUACCUACAGCGACAGAAGCGGAAGUAGUUCACCAGACUCUGAGAUCACAGAACUGAAAUUCACUGCGGUGAAUCAUGAGUGA